GGGACAGAUCCCAGGCAGAAUGGAGGAACACACAGAGGCAGGCUCCGUACCGGGACUGGGAAACCAGAGGGUUUUAAUUAACAACUCUGCUGACAUCCUGGUCAUUGCUGCUUAUUUCCUGCUGGUCGUUGGUGUCGGCUUGUGGUCCAUGUGCAGAACCAACAGAGGCACCGUUGGCGGCUACUUCCUGGCAGGACGAAGCAUGGUGUGGUGGCCGGUCGGGGCCUCUCUCUUUGCCAGCAACAUCGGCAGUGGCCACUUUGUGGGCCUGGCAGGGACUGGUGCUGCAAGCGGCUUGGCUGUGGCUGGGUUUGAGUGGAAUGCGCUGUUCGUGGUGCUGUUACUGGGCUGGGUCUUCGCACCAGUGUACCUGACCGCGGGCGUCAUUACCAUGCCACAGUACCUGCGCAAGCGCUUUGGAGGCCAUCGUAUCCGCCUCUACCUGUCAGUGCUCUCGCUUUUUCUGUACAUCUUCACCAAGAUUUCGGUGGACAUGUUCUCCGGGGCAGUAUUCAUUCAACAGGCUCUGGGCUGGAACAUCUAUGCCUCUGUCAUCGCCCUUCUGGGCAUCACCAUGAUCUACACUGUGACAGGAGGGCUGGCGGCGCUGAUGUACACAGAUACCGUGCAGACCUUCGUCAUUCUUGGGGGGGCCUUCAUCCUCAUGGGUUACGCCUUCCACGAGGUGGGCGGGUAUUCGGGGCUUUUCGACAAAUACUUGGGGGCAAUGACGUCGCUGACGGUUUCUGAGGAUCCGGCGGUGGGCAACAUCUCAAGUUCCUGCUAUCGACCCCGGCCGGACUCCUACCAUCUGCUCCGGGACCCUGUGACGGGGGACCUGCCGUGGCCGGCACUACUCCUGGGUCUUACCAUCGUCUCGGGCUGGUACUGGUGCAGCGACCAGGUCAUCGUGCAGCGCUGUCUGGCCGGGAAGAACCUGACCCACAUCAAGGCGGGCUGCAUACUGUGUGGCUACUUGAAGCUGAUGCCCAUGUUCCUCAUGGUCAUGCCGGGCAUGAUCAGCCGCAUUCUUUAUCCGGAUGAGGUGGCGUGCGUGGUGCCCGAGGUGUGUAAGCGCGUGUGCGGUACCGAGGUGGGCUGCUCCAACAUCGCCUACCCGCGGCUUGUUGUGAAGCUCAUGCCCAACGGUCUGCGCGGACUCAUGCUGGCGGUCAUGCUGGCUGCGCUCAUGUCCUCGCUGGCUUCCAUCUUUAACAGCAGCAGCACGCUUUUCACCAUGGACAUCUACACGCGCCUGCGGCCCCGCGCAAGCGACCGCGAGCUGCUGCUAGUAGGACGGCUCUGGGUGGUGUUCAUCGUGGCGGUAUCCGUGGCCUGGCUACCCGUGGUGCAGGCAGCGCAGGGCGGGCAGCUCUUUGAUUACAUGCAGGCCGUCUCCAGCUACCUGGCGCCACCUGUGUCUGCCAUCUUCGUGCUGGCACUCUUCGUGCCCCGUGUCAACGAGAAGGGUGCCUUCUGGGGACUGAUUGGGGGCCUGCUUAUGGGUCUGGCACGACUUGUUCCUGAGUUCUCCCUUGGCUCGGGCAGCUGUGUGCAACCCUCGGCGUGCCCAGCACUCCUCUGUGGCAUGCACUACCUCUACUUUGCCAUCGUGCUCUUCAUCUGCUCCGGCCUCCUCACCCUUGCAGUCUCACUGUGCACAGCACCCAUCCCACGCAAGCACCUCCACCGCCUGGUUUUCAGUCUGCGGCACAGCAAGGAGGAGCGAGAGGACCUGGAUGCUGAUGAGCCGGCAGGUCCAGCCUCCCCCCCUAUACAGAACGGGUGUCCGGAGCAUGCAGUGGACAUGGAGGGUGAGGUGCUACUUCAGGAGUGGGGCCAGGGACUAGGGGAGCCAAGUUCCCUCGAACUAACUGUACAGGGUCAAUUUUUCCCAGAGCCCCAGUCCCCAGCUCCAGGCCUGGUCCGCAGGUGCCUGCUCUGGUUCUGUGGAAUGAGCGGGGCGGGGGCGGGCAGUCCCCCUGCCCCUACCCAGGAGGAGGUGGCUGCAGCAGCCAGGCGGCUGGAGGACAUCAGCGAGGACUCGAGCUGGGCCCGUGUGGUCAACUUCAAUGCCCUGCUAAUGAUGGCUGUGGCCACGUUCCUCUGGGGCUUUUAUGCCUGA